AAACUUCACUCUUCUGAGUCCAACACUGAAGUCGCCCAACGCAAUGAAGUGCCUAGUGAUUGUGCUCCUGGCCCUCGUGACUCUGUCCGAAUGCCUUCACAGAAUGCCGCUGAUGAAGGGAAAGACUGCUCGGGAGCGUCUGAUGGAGAGGGGUAAAUGGGAUGAGUACAGACGAAAGCAUCCGUACAGCCCAAUGGCCAAGUUCAUGCAGACGGGAACCGAGCCAAUGACCAACGAUGCAGAUCUGUCCUACUAUGGUGUGAUCUCCAUUGGCACCCCACCCCAGUCCUUCUCUGUCAUCUUUGAUACUGGCUCCUCCAACCUGUGGGUGCCAUCUGUCUACUGCACCUCCAGCACAGCCUGUCAGAACCACAAUCAGUUCAAUCCCUCUAAGUCAUCUACCUUUACUUGGGGAGGCCAGUCUCUUUCCAUCCAGUACGGCACUGGGAGCAUGAAUGGAUAUUUGGGCAGCGAUAAUGUUGAGGUUGGGGGCAUCACUGUGAAAAAUCAAGUGUUUGGGUUGAGUCAGAGUGAGGCAGACUUCAUGGCUGAGAUGGCGGCAGACGGUAUCCUGGGCCUGGCCUUCCAGUCCAUUGCCUCUGACAACGUGAUGCCAGUCUUCAAAAACAUGGUCUCACAGAGCCUGGUGGCACAGCCCCUGUUCUCUGUCUAUCUGAGCAGCAAUGAUCAGCAGGGCAGUGAGGUGAUCUUUGGAGGAGUUGACAGCACCCACUACACUGGGUCAAUCACCUGGAUCCCCCUGAGCUCUGCUACUUACUGGCAGAUUAACAUGGACAGUGUGACCAUUAAUGGACAGACCGUUGCCUGUUCCGGAGGCUGCCAGGCCAUCAUCGACACAGGCACCUCCCUCAUCGUCGGCCCAAACACGGACAUCAACAACAUCAACUCCUGGGUCGGAGCAUCAGUCAACCAGUACGGAGAGGCCAUCGUGAACUGCCAGAACAUCCAGAGCAUGCCUGAUGUUACCUUCAGUCUGAAUGGAAGCUCCUUCACGGUCCCUGCCUCUGCCUACGUCUCCCAGAGCUCCAAUAGCUGCUCCACUGGUUUUGGUCAAGGCGGAACUGAACCUCUCUGGAUCCUGGGAGAUGUCUUCAUCAGGGAAUACUAUGCCAUCUUUGACACACAGACCCAGUACAUCGGAUUGGCCAAGUCUGUGUAAUCUGUUGGAGACUCUUAAACGUCUUUAUGCAAAUCAUGGAACUGGACUGCAUCUGUAGUGGUAGAUUAUAUCAAAUAAAAGCAUUGGAAA